AUGCAAAAAUAUACUGGUUUUAAUGGAAAGACGGAAACAAAAUACAGUCAAGUUCGUCAAGUUUUGGUAUCCAAUUCGACUGCUAGUCUACCAGACUCUGUUGACUGGCGUAACCAGAAUGUUGUUGAAGCAGUUAAAGAUCAAGGUGCUUGCGGAUCAUGUUGGGCAUUCUCAGCCGCUGGCGCAAUUGAAAGUGCAUAUGCUAUUAAAACGGGCACGCUUCUUUCCCUUUCCGAACAACAAUUAGUUGAUUGCUCUGGUGGAGACGGAGAAUAUGGUUGUAUCGGUGAUUUCACGGAUGAUGCCUUUGUAUAUGUCAUCAAUGCAGGCGGCAUUGAAACAGAAAGUUCAUAUUCAUAUAAAGCGGCUGACCAGACAUGUAUGUUCAAUGCAACAGACAUUGCUGUCAAAGUCUGUGACUUCGUUGAGUUAGCAUCAGGAGAUGAAGCAGCUCUCCAACAAGCCGUUGCUACUAUUGGACCAAUAUCAGUCUCAAUUGAUGCUAGUCAUUCCUCAUUUCACUUAUAUGAAUCUGGUGUCUACAAUGAACCCACUUGCUUAAAAACUCUGCUUGAUCUUGAUCAUGCUGUUCUCCUUAUUGGUUAUGGUACAGAAGGAGACGAUGACUAUUGGCUAGUAAAAAACAGCUGGGGUACAAGUUGGGGUGAACAAGGUUAUAUGAAAAUGACACGAAAUCAAAAUAAUCAAUGCGGUAUCGCGACGAUGGCCAACUAUCCGAUUAUUUGCUCCGCAAAUAUGCAACCAGUACCACGACAACCAGUGGAUCAUCGGAUAUCGGAUGCUUUCUGUAUGACACCUGAUAUGUUCCUGUUGAUCGGUAUCUAUUGCUUUGUAAAGACAAUUUACGACUUGUAA